CCCCCCCCCCCGGUGCAGCUUUCCCCGGAGGCUGAGGCUGCUGCCAGCGGGGACAUCUGCUUUCUUACACUCCAGCCUGGCUCACCCCGCCCCCUCAGCCCGGGUUGCGUGGUUAUUUUACCAACACGGGGGGAGGGAGAGCUUGAGGAGGUAGGAAAGAGGUGGAUAGAAGCUCAAGAGAUGUUCUUCCUACUCCCCCACGUCCCCUCCUUUUUUCUUCACAUCUUUUAACCUUCAAGGUAAAGACUUGAUAAAUAUAAAACGAAAAGCGCGUCCGCUGGCUCCUAGGCCCGCCUUCCGCGCUCGCGGGGCUCUCGGGUGCAGGGCCUUGCCCUUCCCUCCGUCCUCCCCGGACUGGGCCGGGCCUCGGCGGGUCUGCCGGGCGCAGGGGCCGGCCGGGUGCGCUCAGCCUGUGGCGCCUUCUCUCCCGGGCUGCUGCCUCGACAGCUGCUUGUAGCUACAGUAAUUAGACUGUCAGUGCUUGUUAGAGGAGAGAGGGGAAAACACGCUUCUGACAGCAGAUUCCGAGACUCCCCAGUUUGUUAAUUUCUAAGAGAUCUUUAGAGCAUUAAUUGAGGUCUCCCCAACUCUCCCCUCCCGUCCCUCUCCCCAACUCCUCCCUUCCCAAAAAUAUCUUAAGGAGAAGAGAAUUCUCUCCGCGUGGAAGCAGUGUUUCCCGCAAAACUGCAAGCCCGCCCCCGACUCCCGCACAUACACUCUAUUUUACGUGUACACAUUUAUGCGCCCAUGUAUACGCGUAAGGUUAACUCGGCGGAGGCCUCGUCCAAAUAGGAACCGGGAUUGCAUUUAAAAUAAUAAUAAUAAAUAAAUAAACUAAGAAGGAAAGGGGGGGAGGGAAGCAGAAGUCGGGAAGAAAAGAGAAAAGCAGCAGGCUGAUUACGAGGUGUCAAAACUGCCAGGAGCAAGAAGGUGAUAGCAAUCAGGGGUGAGAAGAGUGCGGCAUUCGUGCGGGGCAACUAAUUAUCCGUCUCAUUUGAGAAGAGCAGCAUUUGAGGCAGCAGCGUUCGCCUGCUGAACGGUGACAGAUUGGCGCGGAGGAGAGGGGAGGUGUUAAAACAAUGGAGCCGGGCGCGCGAGCGCUGCUGCAUGCUAAUCAGCCCUCCCUCCGCCUGCCUGCCGCGCUCCCUCCUUCCUCGCGGCCUCCCUCCUCCGCGCUCCCUCCUCCCGCCUGCGGCGCUCCCUCCUUUCCAGCGGGCCCGCCGCCGCCACCCGCUUCCUCCUCCCUCGCUUUCCCGCGCGUCCUUCCCGCCGCUGGCGAGUGGAACCCAGCCACCGCCACCGCGACCACCGCGUCCCCUGCGGGCACCCUCCGGUGGCCCGGGCCGCACGCGCGCCGCCGGCGAGCGCUCCCCGCGCGGGGGUGCCGAGGGCCCGCGGGCCGCGCCCCGUCCAGGGAAGAGGCCCGGCAGCCUGCCUUCAAGCGCCCGCUGCUCUCUGCUGCUGCACUGCACGCGCUGGGCAGCGAGUGGGAAGCCAAGCGAAUUCGGGAAGGGCGAGCGACAGCCAGGGGUGGCAAGAGAGUUGGGGCCAGAAGGCAAAGAAGGCCCCUGGACGGACGGCAGGUCCCCGACCCGGACCCAGCGCCGCUGCUACCGCCCCAGGCCGCCCGGGAGCAGCCGCCAGCCAAGUCCCCCUCCCUGGUUGAGCCCUGCAGACCCCAGCACCCUCCGCGCCCCAAUCAGGCCAGAAGGAUACCUACCCGAUUAAUAAGCACAGAGAGGAAAGAUAAAUAAAGGGCCUUUGCAUUAGUUGUGCUUCCAAGGCCUGACCUCCUGACCCCAAGUCUAGACUAAGGGACUUCUGGUCCCCCAGAGAAACACCAUUAAACCAUCGCGGUGAGAGAGCGCCUUUGAGAAACCGGCCACCCCACCCUCUGCCGCGGAGACUUGGAGGCCAGAGGGGGCCGGGGCCUAUCUGGCAGCACCCCGCCUGGCUGCUCCGCACGGUGUUCUGGCCUCCACAGAAAAUCCACCGGAACCCGAGUGUCUGCCGAGAAAGGUCUCCUGUACCUGUUGAGGAAGGCCCGGGACCUGAGAUUUUGGAUACAAUUUCCUCCUCCUUUUGAGGUUAAAGGGAUCACAGCUACAGAGAACUGGUAGGCAUUUGGACUGAAUGAGGAUGCAAUUCCUUCUACCGCGUUCCCUGCUAUUUAGCUAACCAGGUGUCUAAAUCAACAUCAUAAAACUUCCUUCUCCAAGCCAUAGGUGGCAAAGGAAAUGGCUGAAAGAUAAUCCAUGCAGUCUGAUUUUUUUCCUGCCAACCUUUACUAUUGCAGAACUUUACACACACAAUUGUUCAUUUAAAUCAACGUAAAACGUGAACGUUUGAUAAAGCUGUCGUAUAUACACGAGUUUUUCAUUUAUAUUAUUCUCUCUACUCUUCUUUGUUUGUAAUGUUUCAUGAUAAAAGUACAACACAAAAAAUAAAAUACAAAUGAGUAAA